AUGCCGACUCAAGCGGAAGUUGAUGCCUUGAAAGCGAAAUAUGCAGCCGCUCAGCAGGAACACGUCUUUACCUUUUACGACUCGCUCUCUCCCGAAGAACAAGCCGUUCUAUACAACCAACUCUCCAAAUUAGAUGUAGAUCGAGUUAACCGCAUUUACAAAAAGGCCGUUUCCGGUCUCGAAUCCUCUACCACCAACCUGAGCAUAUCUCCUCUUCCUGACGAUUGUUUCGACUCUGUACUCGAUGCUGCCGAAUCGAAACAAAAAGAGUGGGAGUCGAUCGGAUUAAAAUCGAUUUCCGAGAAUAAAGUUGCCGUGAUUUUGAUGGCUGGUGGGCAAGGGACCAGAUUGGGUUCAUCGGCUCCGAAAGGCUGCUACGAUAUUGGAUUGCCGUCGCACAAGUCACUUUUCCAAUUACAGGCUGAAAGGAUUUUGCGAUUACAAAAGAUUGCCAAGGACUCUACUGGCACGCAAGGGGAGGUGAUUAUUCCCUGGUAUGUUAUGACGAGCGGGCCAACGAGGGCGGCGACGGAAGGAUUCUUUCAGAGUAAUGGCUAUUUUGGAUUAAAACAAGAAAAUGUUAUCAUCUUUGAACAAGGAACACUCCCGGCUUUUACUAAUGAGGGCAAAAUUUUCUUGGAAACAAAAUCCAAGCUCGCCGUGGCACCAGAUGGCAAUGGUGGUAUCUACGCUGCUCUUCGUUAUGAGAAUGUUCUCACCGACCUUGCUUCUCGCGGUAUUCUCUACGUACACGCGUACUGCGUUGACAACUGUCUCGUUCGCGUAGCCGAUCCUGUAUUUAUUGGUUAUAGUAUCUCUAAAAAUGCUGACUGUAGCGCCAAAGUUGUCAGAAAAGCCUAUCCCGAAGAACCCGUUGGAGUAAUAGCAUUGAGGAAUGGCAAAUUCAAUGUAGUUGAGUAUAGUGAAUUCGAUCCCACCUUGGCGGCUUUGACUAAAGCUAAUGGUCAAUUGGAAUAUGGAGCCGCAAAUAUCGCCAAUCAUUUCUAUACGGUAGAUUUUCUAAAGAGCGUCGAACGGUUUGAGGGCGAAUUGGAAUAUCACAUUGCUAGGAAGAAGAUCAAACACGUUGAUUUGACUACUGGCGAGUUGCAGUCACCCAUCAAACCAAAUGGUAUGAAGAUGGAAUUAUUUGUGUUUGACGUGUUUCCGUUCACUGAGCGUAUGGCCGUGUUGGAGGUUGAUCGCAAGGAUGAAUUUUCUCCCCUGAAGAAUGCACCGGGUACGGGAAUCGAUGAUCCGGAUACUAGUAAAAGGGAUAUUAUGAACCAGCAUCUGAGGUUCGUUGAGAAAGUGGGAGGUAAAGUUGUAGCUGGAGAUGGGGAGACACAGGAUAGCUUGACGUUAGAGAUAAGUCCCUUGGUUAGUUAUGCUGGUGAGGGAUUGGAGAAAUUGAAAGGCAAAACCGUCCGGACACCCGCAGUCAUUGAUACUGUGAGUGAUAUCGAGAAAGUCAUUAUUUCGUAG